GGCCGGCCCUAGCAACGCGACGCGUUGCUAAAGAGACGUCAUCACCGCGCGACACAGAACGGCCUCGUUCUACUCGGGGGCGUGGCCUGCGCCUCGUUGACUUUAACGGGAGCGGGGAGACGUCAUCGAGCGGCGACGGUUGCCGGGGCCGCGGCGGCGCGGUUGCCGCGGCAACGGCGGAGCUGAGAACGCGCAGUCAGCGCUGCCCGCCCGCUCAGCCGCACAGCCCCGUUCCACCUGGGGAGCUGCCACACCGCCGCCGCCCGCCCACCGGCCGAAAUAAGUCAACAUGGAUGAGGUGGUGCAAACUAUAAGCAAGAUCGAGGAAAACUACAAGCUCUUCCAGCAGCAGCAGUUCACAUUUAUCAGAGCACUGGAACGCACGCGGGAGGAAGCCCAUGAUUUGAUCAAACCUGUGUCAUCCAUUAACCAGGUGCAGUGCUACAAGGACCACCACUGCUACAAUUCCACCGACAAGCGCAUCCUCACCAUGUUCAUCUCCAUCUGCAACGACCUGCGCAACCUCUGCCACAAGAUGGAACAUGUGCAUCCUGGGGACUGUGUGACCAAUGGCCUUUUGGAGAAGUGCAAAGUGCUCCUUAAUGACAGCAACGACUUCACUGCCCUCCGAGCCACCUACCCCCACGGUGUUGUGAACUGCUUGAGCUUAGAGGAAGCAAAGAAUCGUUAUGGAGGGGUGGUGAGCCUCAUCCCCAUCGUUAUGGACACCAUGAGGGAGUGGAUAACCUACACUAAGCGGAACAUGCUGCAUGAUGUGACUCAUGGACAUGCGACGUGCAAGGAGACACCCACUUCCCAAACAGCACCUGCCAGGCACGCUGCAGCUCAGACCUCCAUUAGUAAUAAAAAUGCUGCACAGUUGCAGGACAGAGAAUGCUCGAAGUGCAAGUGUGAAGACCCACAUUUGAAUAGUAAAGCUCCCUGGAGGCCACCAGGCAAACACCCAUAUUAAAGGAUGCAUUAAAGCUGCUACAUCAUCUGGGCACCACCUUUAACCACCUGGCUGAUUAAACACAGUGAAAUGAACACUAGAUACUCAUCCUGAGUCCACUUUCUGAAGAGCUGCUCUGCAGCCACAGGUGCAUUUGCUCUCCCUUGCUGAGAUUUCCACUCUGCCCCUCAUAUCCCCACAGAAGGAGCUGUAGCUACAGCUGCUGCCUGGGGCCAGCACUGCCCUGGGAGCAGGGAACACUCAGCACUCAUCAGCUUCUAAUGUCUCCUACAGGAAUCUUGGACAAGUUACUUGAAAUAGGAUUUUACAUUUUAUUACCCUUCUUUGUGAGGAACAUCCCCUCCUUGCCACAGACAGCGGGGUGAAGAACCUGCCUGUCUGAAGGAUGUGAUGCCGAGGAGGAAAGGGCUGGCAUUAUGGGUUAGACAAGUCUUUGACAUUUAGACUUGUCUCCAAAAUUCCCUCACCCCCAUAGAAAUAGUUUGGUAAGCUGGACCAUAGAAUCCCUGUUUACAGGAUGCUAAGAUUUCCCAUACCUGCCACUGGCUACAGAUGCCAGUGUUCUUCAGCUGUGCUCUGCUGAAGCCUCCUGCUGCUCCUCACAGAAACCCCUCACAUCUGCUUGACUCCGAGAGCAGAAUUAAUUUUGCCCUUAGUUUGUGUACACUGACCAUAGCCAAACGUGGACAAAGCCCCCCUGUGCUCCUCAGACCUCUACAAAUAAAAGCCAUUUCCAGUCCAUGUGAUUCAUGUGGAAUGUGGUGGAAGGAUCAUGUUCAGAUGGCUCCUGUUCAAACUGCAGAUUAAACUGCCUGUGCUUUCCGUGUUUCAAGGCAAGGUUAGCAUCAGGUUAGCCCAGAUGUCCCACCUAAGGGGCAGGCCCAUGAUGGCCCGUGGGCUCAAAAUAUGGAGCAUGAGGUCAGCACGUGAUCAGACCCUACAGCCCUUCCUAAAUAAGUGUCCUCCUUGUGUCUGACUGCUCUUUCCCCCUCCCACAGGCAAAUUACCCCCUGCUCUUUGCUUCCUGCUGAAGACACUCCUGAAUAUACAAUUUCCCCUUGCAUACUGGGCUCAGUUUUUUGUGAGAAAGCUUUUGCCUUAAAAUCACCAAGUUUUGGCAACAAGCAGCUAAAAACAGAAGGGAGAAUUAAUACAGAAGAAGGGCAUAGGAAGGAAUGACAACUCAGAUGAAAUGGAAAGUAUUUUCAGGAGCAUUUUUAUUCCUCUCAUAACCCCAUGUUGUUUUGCACUUUUUUCCUUUCCCCUAUCCACUUGCAAUGCACCCACCCAGUCUGGAGUAAAGCCCUAUUUUUAGGGAGAUUUGAUCCAACUGAACUGAACUGAACCUUGGUGAACUCAAAAUGGGAACAGAGGGUCACAGUGUGACUCCUGGGCACUACUGGGGCCACAGCCAGUGGAAUGUCACCAUCAGCCUCUCUGACUUCACUUGAGAUCCCUGGUGAGAGGCAGCUUCAGGCUGAAAGUCCAAGUUGUGGCAGCUGCCCUGUUGUGUUCCAUGGUGGAGACAAGUGUCCAGUGACAGUUGCUGUCUUGGAAAGCUUUUCAGAACAAGCUGCAAGGACUGAACGAUGACAAGUAUGAGGGACACCAGAGAUGCUCUUCCCAGAUCUUGUUUCCAACCACCUUGGCCCUGUCCUAUGGUUUAAAUUUGAACACACAGGCUGUGAGGAGACCAGAAUUAUCCUCCAGUUUGUAGCUCACUUUCAGCUUCCUGGGAUGAGCAGAGCACAAAUGGUUUGUCAGAACAGUCCUACCAAAGCCAGUCCUCCACUGCUGCUCAAAACUCCAGUGCAGUUGUCAUUUUGCACCUGACAAAAAAAGCUCCCAGAUUCAUGCACACAAGAAACAGUUCCCAAAUCUUAGUAAUAAUUUCUAGCCUAGCCCUAUCCUUUCAGUCAGUGUCAUGCAGCCAAAAUUUUAAGACCCAAGCAGAAAAAUGAAUGCAUAAAACUUGCAGUCUGAGGUUUGAUAAUGACAAGACCAGAAUCUGUUGGAAGACUGCAGAUUUAAGUCUCACAAAAACAUCCAGACAAAUUACUUAAUUUCCAUACAAGUUCUCCUCUUCCAGAGUGGAUGGACACUUCAAAAGACAAAAAGAUACAGCAAGAAUUGUUUUCCUCUACUACAAAUCAAGCUGUUUGAAGAAUUUACAUAAACAGGAUGUAAAUGCCAAACAGAAAAGUGCAAUAAAGUUUUACUUUAGCCUCGGUGAGCAUAAAAUUUCAAGAUACACACUGAGAAACCAGGCAGGGCACCAGCCUGACUCUCCUACAGAUCUGUCAGUUAGUCCAGGAAAUAAAUGCUGCUUUUUUGUUCAAAGGCUGAAAUAGAGAUAUGGACUGGUAAUAGAUGAUAUCAACAGAAUCCUGGCAUCUGUGUGAUUUUAUCUCUGUGCUCCCAUUGAUUCAGCUAAGGGUCAAACCAGGCUUUUGUCAGACUGAGGAACCUGAUGGAGUUGAAGGUGUCUCCACUCACUGCAGGGGGUUGGACUGGAUGAGCUUUAAAGGUGCCUUCCAACCCAAACAAUUCUGUGAUAAGCCAUUUUUUAUGUUCAAUAGGUGGUUCCAGCCUCCCACACCGGGAGGACAGGACACAGCUCAGACCCCCAGAAGUUAAGAUGAAGUGUCAGCAGUGGUGGUGGGCUCUGGAGGGAAGCGGGAGGAUGAUUCAGGAGAGAGGAAUCUCAGCAUCCCAGAGCUGAUGCUGAUGCAGAGUGAAGGGAUGGGCUUGGCAGGGCCUCUAGCGGCCGCCUCACAGCAGUGUCCAAACCUCUCACCAGCAACUUUUCCACAGUUCCACCAACCUUGAUGUCCCCCAGUCAUAGAUCCACAGGGCCUUUUAAACUCUGGUUACAGGUAUCCAACCCCUGGGGCACAGCCCAGGGCAGCUGUGGGGCCACUCCAGCCCCAGAGCUGUAAUUUCAGAAGAGCCAUUGGCUGUUCCUGUCACCAGCACCCUGCUCCAUCAGCUCCCCACAUCAUAAACACCCCAAGGCAGGAGAGGUUUUCCUGGGAGUCCUGAAUUGCCCUGGUGGUGCAGCACCACUCUGAGCUUUCAGUCAGCACAGCGAGCAGAGGCAGCUUCACAGAAACCAGGAAUAGCCUCUGGAGCCAGGAAAGAUGAGCCAGCACAAAACCGGACUGAAAAGAUCUUCAGGAAAAAAAGGUUCAGCCAAGCCCACAGACACCAAAAUCAUGACACCAUAAGUCAACGAUUUGGAACAGUCUUGUCUGGAAAGCAAAGCCUAUGGGAAUGCAAACCAAGCUUCCUUUGCAGAGCUCCUGAGUAUGAAGAGAUGAAGCAACUCCUGUGAUUUCCUGUUUUUAAAAUCCACUAUUGUGCCAGCAGUUAAGUAGUUCCAACACAUCAGGAUCAACAGCAAAGAUAUUUUAAUUUCCUGAAUUUGAAGUGUUUCCUUCCCUAAUAUCUCCUGUGUGGUUAUCAGCUGUGUUAUGAACUACCCAAUGUACUACUUGGCAUUAGUAAAUCAGGAAGGUACUUAAUUUUUCUCUUUUUGUACUCCAGUAAAACACUUCAGUGGGUAAUUUUUAUCCAAUAAUUUUUUUACACUGGCAAGUGCAGCCUUGCAAUGCCAAGCUUAAGGGAUGCCUUAUAAUGAACCCAUUCUGUGUAAGGGCAAGUUAAAUUCACUUUGUGCCUUGUUUUCAUUUUACUACCCCAUGCUGUAGAACUAAUCCCAGUGCAGGGCUCCAAACAACUUUCUGUGUCACUGAACUCCAAGAUGAUAUUUAUGCUAUUUUCUAUAUAAAAUUCUCCAUAAACAUGACUUGGCCAAAGCAUGUUCACAAUGUAUCACUUGCACAACUUAGACCCUUGCCUGUGUUGCUCAUAUUUAAGAAUUAUAUUCCAUCCUUAACUGGAAUGUUAAGGCUUGUGUAUGGAUUACUAAACUGCUUUGAGCAAU